AUGAAUCAUAAAUUUGUAUUAGAAAUUGACAAAAACGAUAAUUUGAUUGAAUUUGUAAGAUAUGUUCUGAGUUCGAGAUCUUCAUCCGUUCCUAAAUUGUCUCUUCCAAUAUUGGAUAGAAAUCCUGGGUUGCCUCAAUUUUUGAAACCUGAAAAGCCAACAUUUGAAAGGUAUACAAGAGAUCACGAAAAGAUCAAAUUUUUUAAUAAAUGCCUUCAAAUUAAGCCGUUAUAUCCUGAAAAGUGCAACCACAAAUUUAUAUUUAAAUACUCUGAUAAGCAGCCUGAAAGAUGCUCGCAUGCAAAAGAGUCAAUUGAUAAAAAAAAAAAUUUUAACUAUUCAAAUAAGGAAAUUAAUUCAAUUAGUAAUUAUAAAUUUGGUCCAAUAAAUAAAGGUAUUACACCAUUGAGGGAAAGAGUUUGUUUAGCCUGUAAAAAGAAUUCUUUGACAAAACUUUGUAAUCAAAAAAAAAAUAAACAUGCCGAAAAAAGAAGAAAUAAUUUUUUGGAUUAUCCUAAAACUGUUUUGCAAAGUAACGAAAUAUUUGAGAUAGAUGAAUUGUGUAAAUACUUACUUGAUAAAAAUUCAAAAAAAUUAAUUAUUGCAAACAAUUUGUUUAAAGAGCCGUUAGAUUCACUUUAUAAAACAAAAGGUAGCUCAAAAAGAGCUGAACACUUUUCUGAGAGUUUUAUCAAAAAUACUAUAAAAAGCCCAAAUAAGUUGGUUCAGAAGAUGUCAAUCUCUAUUAAUAAUACAGAAACAAAUGAAGAAUUGCAUUCUCAAUACUUUAAAAAAAAUUAUUUACAGUUACUAAAUACUGAUCCAAUUAAUUUUCGAAACGAUAGUUUGACUUUUACCCAUUCCAUAGAAAGGCUUUCUAUUUAA